UGGCUUUUGUCUUAACGAAGCCACCCAUUACUGUAGAGCCAUAACUCGCAGGAAGCCAGCUGUCAGGGCUAUGGCGCAGGCCCCUCUGGGUGGGAGGCAAGGGGAGAGAAAGAGUGUCUGUGGCCAAAUUCCCUUUUAGACACCUGAGCCUGGCUAUGUAACCAGAGAGUUUCGUCUUUUCCUCACUCCCAUCUUCCCUGAGGAGACCCGGCACCCUUCUUCCUCUCCAGCCUUGGAGAGACAGCAGGGACAUUUCCAGAUCUGGAUUCCAAGGUAUGAUGAUGUCAAACGUGAUGCUGAUGCUACAGUUACAGACACGGCCCCUGCUGGCGCAGCCUCUCUGAUUCUCUCUUCCUCUCUACGUUCGGCGCUGGGCUUUUUUCAGACAAGUGCAUCUCCUAACCAGGUCACAUUUCAGCUGCGACCCACUAUCCGUCUGUCACCGAAGUCAGACCGCAGGAGGAGGGCUGAGGAAGACGACGGCGUUUGCUCCCCCAACUGCGGGGUGGGAAGAAGGACAUUAAAAUACUGCAGAAGUCAAGACCCCCACUCCCCCACCCCAGGUCGAAUUCAGACCACGAUGCACGCUCCGGGCUGCGGGCGGCUGGCGCUGCCGCUGCUGCUCGUCACAGUAGCUGCCCUGGCCGAAGGCGACGCCAGAAGGCUCCAGGAGGGCGAGACCCCCGGCAAUUUCAUGGAGGACGAGCAAUGGCUGUCGUCCAUCUCGCAGUACAGCGGCAAGAUCAAACACUGGAACCGCUUCCGAGACGAGGUGGAGGACGACUACAUCAAGAGCUGGGAGGACAAUCAGCAAGGAGAUGAAGCCCUGGAUACCACCAAGGACCCCUGCCAGAAGGUGAAGUGCAGCCGUCACAAAGUGUGCAUUGCCCAGGGCUACCAGCGGGCAAUGUGCAUCAGCCGCAAGAAGCUGGAGCACAGGAUCAAGCAGCCUGCCCUGAAACUCCAUGGAAACAAAGACACCAUGUGUAAGCCCUGUCACAUGGCCCACCUCGCCUCCGUCUGCGGCUCUGAUGGCCACACUUACAGCUCAGUGUGUAAGCUGGAGCAGCAGGCGUGCCUGAGCAGCAAGCAGCUGACGGUGAGAUGCGACGGCCCCUGCCCCUGCCCCACGGAGCAGGCUGCCACCUCCUCCACAGAUGGCAAACCAGAGACCUGCACGGGCCAGGACCUGGCUGACUUGGGCGAUCGGCUGCGGGACUGGUUCCAGCUCCUUCAUGAGAACUCCAAGCAGAACGGCUCAGCCGGCAGUGGGGCCCGCCCGGCCAGGGGGCUGGACAAGAGCCUGGGGGCCAGCUGCAAGGACUCCAUCGGCUGGAUGUUCUCCAAGCUGGACACCAGUGCCGACCUCUUCCUGGACCAGACAGAGCUGGCUGCCGUCAACCUGGACAAGUACGAGGUCUGCAUCCGCCCCUUCUUCAACUCCUGCGACACCUACAAGGAUGGCCGUGUUUCUACCGCCGAGUGGUGCUUCUGCUUCUGGAGGGAGAAGCCCCCCUGCCUGGCAGAGCUGGAGCGUAUCCAGAUCCAGGAGGCUGCCAAGAAGAAGCCAGGAGUCUUCAUCCCGAGCUGUGACGAGGAUGGCUACUACCGGAAGAUGCAGUGCGACCAGAGCGGCGGCGACUGCUGGUGUGUGGACCAGCUGGGCCUGGAGCUGACUGGCACCCGCAUGCACGGGAGCCCUGACUGCGACGACAUCGUGGGCUUCUCAGGGGACUUUGGGAGCGGUGUCGGCUGGGAGGACGAGGAGGAGAAGGAGACAGAGGAAGCAGGCGAGGAGGCGGAGGAGGAGGGCGAGGCGGGCGAGGCGGAUGACGGAGGCUACAUCUGGUAGAUGGCCCGCGGGGAGCUGGGGCAGGCCAGGGUGCUGACAGCCAGGGAGACAGGCCUGCAGAGACCUGGACAGAAGCAGGCAGAUUGCGAACGGAUCCAGAAAAUACAGUCUGAAGCUACCCUGGCUCCAACGGGGAGGACCAGAAGUGUGAGUGUGCAUGGCACGUGUGUGGCAUGUAUGGCCGGGAUGUGUGAAUGUGUGUGUGUGUGUGUGUGUGUGUGUGUGUGUGUGUGGCAUGCACUGAAAAACGUGUCCCUGGUCCACACUGCUACUGGCAGAGUGAGUCACCCAAAGGCCCCUUCGGCCUCCUUGUAGUUGUUUUCUUCCCAUUUUAGUUUUAAAAUACACACAUACACACACUGCAAGGUCAAAACUGAUUAAAUGAGAUGCCCCCUUGCCAGUCCCCCAGCCCCAUCCAGGCCCACCCUGACACCCUGGGAUUCCUUGUCCUGAUUUGCUACCCUCACCUCAAUCAGUCCUCCCUCCUCCUGCCCCUGCCCUUCUCUCUUUCCCUUCUGGAGUCAAGCCCUGGCCUGUGGGAUGAGGCCUAGGGACCAUCCCUGGGGGCAGAGGGGAGGGAGGGCAGGGAGCUGUCUGCUGGCCAGUUUGGCUGUGACGCACCCACCAGACUCAGAUGAGAGGGGCUGGGACACCCGCCUCAGUGAGCGCUUUCCCUUUGCUGGACUCUCCUCCUAACCCAAGCCAGUGUGACCAGAGGUGGCAGAGAAAGAGCUGGGGGCAGAAGCUGAGAGGUGAGGGAGGAAAAGGCCUUGGCAAGCUGCUGGGGAGGGGAGAGGUGGACCAUGUGAGGAAGAGAAGGGGCCAGCUUGACAGGGAGAGUAUGCCUUUGCAGAUCCAGGUAGAGCUCUUAGGAGUGGAGACGGGGCACCCCUGAAUGCCAGGCCCUGGAACAGCUCAGGCCCCUUUCUGUGGCUCUCAGGUGGGGGCCUGGUCUGGGCUGUUCUGUAGGGGCAGUGGGUGGUGGUUAUGCAGGUGAGCUCCCCCUAGCCCUGAGGGAGGACCACACCUUCCCCUGUCUCCAUUGCUGGGGUCCCCCACUCCAGGAACCUGAGGAUCAGGCCACAGGUGAAGAGCCUGGGUCUUGCCCAGGGGUGUGUGUAUGUACCCACGUCCUCCCUGACCCCUUAAUAAAUGCUCCCCUCCCAUCCAGACCAACAGAAAGCAUUGUCCCUGAGACCCUGUGAAGGAGGAGCAGUGGAAAGCUGCAAACUUCUGCCCUCAGAGACCAGGAUGUUUCCCCAUCUCUCCUUCUCAAGAGAGAGACACCCCUGGGCCAUUUCCAGCCCCACUCCUCUCAGCCCCCGGGCUUGCCCUCCAUCCCCUCUGAGGGUCCCCUAGGGCUGCUCUAGUGGAGGGCCUUUCAAGCUCUGAGGUGUUCAGGGUUGUGAAAAGUCAGAGGGGACAGGUCCAGGGCAACCAGAAUCUGAGGCCAUGCCUCACUGUUCCCCCAAAUCUCCUUACCGUGUGGGAGCCAGCAUGGAUGAGAAAGUGCCCCAUGUUUUUUUUUUUUCCUUACUCUAUCCCGUUCUCUCCCUAUUGAAGCAAAUUUUUUAACACCUUUGGUGAAGAAUUUCUUGCCUGGAUUUGGGCCUCUGAUGCCCUUUGGUGUGUGGUGAGUGCAGUGUGUGUGUGUGUGUGUGUGUGUUUGUGCGCGAGCGCGCGAGCCUAGGGACCACCCCUGGGGGCCUGGCAUAUGAGGAGGAGCGACCUGUGUGCUGGGUGGUGGCAGGGUGUGGGGUCCACGUGGUAAGGUUCCCUGGGCAAGCCUCCCAGCCUGGCUCCCCGGAUUCUUUCCUUCCACCCCGGAAUCCACAUCUUACAAGCCCUCCCUAGGGGGAAAUAACGAAACUCCAGUUAGCGCCGUGAACCGCUUCUCAUUCCACGGCACAGUUCUGAGUGUUAAGGUGUCGCGCUGUUCCCGGUCCCCCUCGCCUGUCUCGCCCUCUCCCCUUCCUGUCCGCGCAGUCCUUCCUCUGGUCCCCGGCUCAGUUCAGGGAAACUCCGGUUCACGUCAGCCCUCUGCCGUCUGAGCACAGCUCCUCUCAGAGCUACUUGAAACUUCCUGCUCUCGCUAGGACUGGAGUCUGUCUGUCUCUCCCCUCUGCCCUGGCUCAGACUUCUGGAACCUUCUCCUGGGCGUGGCUGUUGAGGAUGCUGGGGCGUUCUGGGGUGGGGAGGGGGCAGAGAGGGAGGGGUGCCCCUCUCCUCUUACCGUUGCCCUCCCCUCCUGAGGGGCAUGCCCUCUCUGGGUCUUCUGGUUGUGCAUGUUUUUAUGACCUUGUAAAUAUGUUGUAGAGAGAAAGCAAAAGGCGCUGAACUAGACCCUGGUGGGACUCAGGGGUCCAGCAUUGCCCUGUCUCUGAAACCCCUACACUGCUUUUCACCCCACUCUCUGGGACCGAGACACCCGCCCCCUGCAAAGUUAGUCCAAGCAGCUUGUGCCCAGUGGGCUGAAGGCCUCCAAGUCACUUCUUGUCAGACAAGGUGCAGGUUUCCUUGUGAGCAAGGUUGCAGGGUGGUCCUUCCUCAGCUCCUUGGAUGUGUGCCCUUGACCAAGCUGUCUGCCACCUGGCCCCUCCCUUGUCCCUCUUCUCGGUGUCCUCUCUCUGUCCUGUCCCCACUCCCCUGGCUUAGGCAGGCAGCGGGAUUCGGGCUGUGUUGGAAAGAGCUCAACCAAAUUUUCAGAGAAGUUUCUUGCCUGGCCCUGGAGCUGCCCUUGGCCACCCCUGGCCUCCUUACCCACUGGCGCUGGGAGAGACGGGCAUGUCUAAGAUGGGGCAGGUUGGAGUUGGAGCGAACAAAUGUGCCUUGAGAGACCACUCAGAGAGGGUUCAGGGCGAUGGGGAAGGAGGUGUGGGAGCUCAGGAAGGAGGAGGAGGGAGGUGAAGCUGAUGAGAGUGUGAGGGGGUGUGACUGCCCCCCGUUGUCCCACUGGGGCUGUGACCACAUGUGGCCAGUGGUCACACUUCUGUCCUCACGCCAGCCUGCCUGGUUUUAGUGGGCAGGCCACCCACUCACCUCUCAUGAGCUCCAUCUGCUUUCAGCUUCACCUGAGUGGGUGGGGGUCCAUUGGGAUCAACAUGGGAACCCUCCAUUUCACCAAAGCCUCCCCCGCAGCCCUUGGGGAGAAUGAAUGGCUAAUCAACCGACCCCCAGCAUCAUCGUGAGGCUGUGGGCUGGCAGGGGUCAAAGGGAAGAGACAGCGGGGGUGCCAAAGGAGACUGGAGACAUCCGAGGAAGUCCCAAGCAGAGCAAAUUGCUUUAUAGCCUGAAGCCUACUUAAACUGUUAUGUGCAAUAACUGAGCUUAGAGUUAAGAAUUGUGUUCAAGUGCUUGGAUUUCCGUCUGUAUAUUUAAGUGCUGAAAUCGUAUCUCUCAGUAACUUUAGAUGUCUUAAAAAAAAAAUCGAAAAACAAAGUGUUAGACUGUGUCUGUGCAUUGAUGGGCACUCAAGCGUCCCGUGGGUCACCCCACCCUCUUCCUCUCCCCUGUGCCCCGCCUCCCCUCACAUUCACCCCUGCGCCCCGCCUCCACUUGGGGACCCUGCCUCAUGUUGUCUUUAUCUGCCUAUUAACUCAGCCUAAGGAAACAAGUACACUCCACACAUGCAUAAAGGAAAUCAAAUGUUAUUUUUAAGAAAACGGAAAAUAAAAACUUUAUAAACACCACCUACUGGCACUACUCUGAUUAUUCUCCGCCUUGGUGUCAUUUUUCACAAAACAAGGUCCCAGGGUUCAGGCUUGUGGUCAGCACGCUUCCCUUAUUCACCUUCAUAUGUUAGACCUCCGAGAGGGUGGGGCUGUGAGGAGGGGCCUGAUUUACUGAGGGGAGGACCAGAAGCAACUUAGAAACAUUUUUGGUAUUAUUGCAAAUGUAUAUGCAAUGUAUAUUUGUAGAUAGGCCAAUAAAUACAUCUGUAUCACAAAACAGAGAUCAAA